AUGGAUGGGUUCAGGGACGUUGUGGAUGUUUGUGGUUUGCAUGACAUGCAAUUUUCAGGCCCUAAGUUUACCUGGAAGGGAAUUAGAGGUGGUAUGGAGGUUAGAGUCAGAUUAGACCGUUUUCUUGCUUCCAUAAGGUGGAUGGACUGUUUUCCUAAGUCCCGGGUUAUUCACCUAAAACCAUGCACUUCUGACCAUCUCCCCAUUCUUAUGGAGGUUAGGGAGGCUAGGGCAAGGAGGAAAAGAAAGAAGAAACGGUUCUGUUUUGAGGAGUGCUGGCUUCGAGAUGAGGAGUGCAAGAGGGUGGUGGAAAGGGGGUGGGAAUCCGUAUCGGGUUCGGACCCGUUUGCGAAAGUUUGUAAUAAGAUAAGCAACACGAGGAGCCUGCUUAUGGAAUGGAGUAAUACCAGUUAUGGUAGUUUGAAGGAGGAGAUCGAGAAGACUGGGGCACAACUUGCAAUUUUCUUUGAUGAGUCAUUGUCAGCUCCGCCUACUGAGGUCAGUAUGCAAGCAACAGAAGACGAAAGAACCAAAUUAAAACAAGUUUUUUGGAGGCAAAGGGCAAAAGUGUUUUGGCUUUCUGAUGGGGACCUUAAUACUAAGUUUUUUCAUCAGUAUACAAGCAACAGAAGACGAAAGAACCAAAUUAAGGGGCUUUACAAUGAGGAGGGGGUAUGGUGCACUACAGAUGAAGAACUAGAACAUGUUGUACUUAAUUAUUUUGGGAAGUUGUUCACGUCUUCCAAUCCUUCUACUAUUCAUGAGGUGGUUAGUAUGGUGCCUUCUUUUGUUUCUGAGGAGUUAAAUAACAGGUUGACUAAAGAGAUCACGUAUAAGGAGGUGUAUGAUGCACUCAAACAAAUGCAUCCAUCUAAAGCCCCGGGGCCGGAUGGGUUCUCACCUUGCUUUUACCAGCAUUUUUGGCCGGUGGUGGGUGGUGAUGUGGUUGAUGCCAUUCGGUCUUUCUUGGAAGAAGAUGAGUUAAUUCGACAGCUCAAUUGUACGCAUGUGACUCUUAUACCGAAGGUCAAAAAACCGGAAACUAUGAGUCACUUGCGGCCUAUUAGUUUGUGUAAUGUGUUGUAUAAGAUUGGGUCUAAGGUGAUUGCUAAUAGAUUGAAGCCACUACUGCAGAAUUUCAUUUCGCCUUAUCAGAGUGCAUUUGUUCCCGGGAGGCUUAUUUCUGAUAAUUCAUUGGUUGCGUAUGAGAUUGCACAUUUCUUGAAGCGUCGUAGAGAUGGUAAAGUGGGUUUUGGAGCGUUGAAACUGGAUAUGAGUAAGGCGUAUGAUCGAGUGGAGUGGCCUUUUCUUGAGGCUAUUUUGUUUCAGAUGGGAUUUCAUACAAGUCGUAAUAUCCCAUUGGAGAAACAAGAAGCUCUUGCAACUAUUCUUGGGGUCAGUAGAGUGGAUAAGCAUGAAUCUUAUCUUGGGCUUCCUAUGGAUGUUAGUUAUUCCAAGAUGGAAGCUUUCGGCUUUCUACUUGAGAAGAUAAAGCACAAGAUUCAGGGUUGGCGUCAGAAGACGUUGAGUCAAGCUGGGAAAGAGGUCUUGUUGAAGUCAGUAGUGAAAUCUGUACCUACAUAUGUAAUGAGCUGCUUUCAACUGCCCAUGCAACUUUGUAAUGAGAUCCAUCAACUCAUGGCAAGGUUUUGGUGGGGAUCGAAGGAGGAGGAGAAGAAGAUACAUUGGUUGGCAUGGGAGAGAUUGUGCAUACCAAAGGGUGAAGGAGGAAUGGGAUUUCGAGAUUUAGUUUCUUUCAAUCUUUCGUUACUUGCUAAACAAGGGUGGAUGCUCAUCACCAAUCCGGAGUCUAUUGCUGCGCGGUUGUUCAAAGCUAAGUAUUUUCCAAAUUCAGAUUUUAUGCAGGCGGAGGUUGGACAGGAUAUGUCGUAUACGUGGCGGAGUAUCCUGGCUGGCAGGGAGGUGUUAGCUCGAGGUCUUAGGUAUCAGAUUGGUAGUGGUACUAAUGUUUCUGUGUGGGAGGACCCUUGGUUGCCACUGCCUUAUAAUUUUAAGCCGUUCUCCACACCCAUGGUGGGUACAGAAGAUUGGUUGGUGAGUGAUCUCAUUGAUUCAGAACAGCAAGAAUGGAUUCAACCUGUAAUUGAAGAGUUGUUUACAGAAAGGGAGAUGGAGAUAAUCUUGGGAAUUCCUUUGAGUUUGAGGCCGGUUGGGGAUCGAAAGGUGUGGCACUACGACAAGAAGGGACUCUUUAAUGUUAAGAGUGGCUAUUAUGUAGCUAGGAAGCUAGAGACACAUACAAAGGCUGCGUCAUCGUCUGCCGGAGUGAGGAGUGAAGCUAAUAAGGUCUGGAAGGCGGUUUGGAGAGCCAGGGUUCCACCAAAAGUGAAGAGUUUUGUGUGGAGAUUGCUACGGGGUAUACUGCCUACACGAGAUGCACUUCGUAAGAAGGUACGUAUUGAAAAUCCUUGUUGCUUAUUUUGUAACAAGGAGGUGGAGACUGAUGUGCAUGUGUUCAAGAAAUGUGUAGCGUUGGAGUGUUUCUGGUCUGCAUGUAAUGUUGGCUUUAGACCAAGUACGCAGCCAGGAACAUGGGUACAGACUUGGAUUAGUGAGGUGGUUAAUUCAUGCACUAAGGCUCAGGUGGACAAGUUUUUUACGUGUCUUUGGGUUAUAUGGAGUGAAAGAAAUCACAUUGCAUGGAAGGGUGGGUGUUUUAAUGCAUGGAACAUGGCUGCAUGGGCAGCUCAUUGGUUGGAGGAAUUCCAGAAGGUACACCCUCAUGAGUCUAAGGGUGGGAGAAGGCCAAAGGCUAGAUGGUUGUGCCCACCACGUGGGCGGCUGAAAGUCAACAUGGAUGGGGCUUAUCGUAGUGAGUCUGGGCAGUAUGGUUUGGGUGUGGUAGCAAGGGAUGGUGAUGGGACUUGUAUGGCUGCUUUAGCAAGACCCCUAUCUUUUGUUACCUCUCCAUUGCAUGUGGAAGCAGAAGCUGUCCGUGCUGGGCUCUUGUUAGCCAUACAUUAG